CCCCGACUCACCCAGGACCGUCUGAGUUAGUCCAGACAGUUCUGGAACACGCAGAGUUGUGUCUCUCGCUACACUCUUGCCUGCUGAUUGGGGCUAAAGGGAAUUGAUCUUUCGUCGUGGUCAAGAACAAAUAUGACGGGAACCUAACUACCUUCACUCCCUUCGCAGCUGCUGACGAACCUCUCCCAUUCGACCUCGAUGCGCCUGUCAAGUCAAGGAUCAUGAGAACGAUGGCUUGGAAGCCACUGCUCGCCUGCUUUGCAUUGCUUUCCUUUGGGCAAGCCGCCCUUGCCCAGUCGUUGGAAUUAUCGGACUGCGCUAACAACUGCAUCUCGAAUAUCACACAACAAUCCUCGGCUUGUCGCUUUGGCGUUCAGUGCUUUUGCAACGAUAAUGACCUAUACAAGCUUGUACAAAACUGCUGGCAAUCGAAUUGCACAAUACACGAAGGAUUGAUUGCGCAAAAUGUGACAUCCAUCAGUUGCAACUUCCCCGACCGCAACAGAGGUCCUCUGAGCAGCGCAAUCACAUUCACCUCGAUGGCUGUGGCUCUACUCCUAGUUGGAGUCCGUAUCGUCAACCUGUCGCGAGACUUUAGAACACGUUGGGGGUGGGAUGACGUUGUGGUCGCUGUUGCUACUACUACCGCUGACGUCCUUCAAGCGCGGUCCUUUGGGUACGGUCGCGAUACAUGGCGCCUCCCAUUCGACCAUACAAAGACUGUCGAAAUGCUAUUCUAUAUUGGUGGAAUUCUAUAUGCCGUGGGCGUGUCUGCAACCAAGAUUGCCUUCUUGCUAUUCUAUAUCAGGCUCUUCCCCUCCCCGAUACUUCGCCGGGUCGCUUUCCCACUGCUUGCGAUCACAUUGUUACACGGCCUCAUCUUCACAUUCCUGUUCAUCUUCCAGUGUAGCCCAGUAUCUUAUGCCUGGACCCAGUGGGAUGGCACAGGGAAAGGAAAGUGCCUCGAUUUUGAUCUGGGUGCUGUUCUGCAUGCCAUAACAAAUAUUCUACUGGACUUCUUGAUCUUUGCUUUGCCCAUCACUCAACUUUGGAAAUUGAACCUCUCCCACAAGAAGAAGAUUCAAGUGUUGUCCAUGUUUUGCGUGGGAUUCUUUGUCACUCUCGUGAGCAUCCUCCGACUUUGGAGUCUGAUCAAGUUGAACAACACUUGGAAUCCCGCAUGGGACUUUGUACCACUUGGAUACUUCUCGGAUCUGGAAUUCAAUGUUGGCAUUGCUUGCAUCUGCAUGCCGUCUGUCCGCGUCGUGUUACGGCGAUACUUCCCAGGCUGUGGUAUCUCGACCACUAAUCGCGAGCGAACCGCUUCUGAUCAUGACAUUCAAGCUCGACGGGUCAACUUGACGGACACAAGCAACGGCAAGAACUUCAAGUCAUUCAUUUCAUCGAGACACGUCGCAAGAGAUGACUCGUCAGAUCAAGUCGAGCUCUGCGAAUAUAACCCUACCGAGGCAACGAGUGAGGUGAACAUUUCCGGUGACUAUGUGUCUCGUCCUGAAGCGGCCGGACCACUACAACAACCCACUCGGGCCCACCUUGCUAGCAUGGUCAAACAUCCAGCAUGGAGUAGUGAAGGAAAGUGA